AUGAUGGAUAAAACGAGUAUGAGGAUGAAACUAGAAGGCAAAUCAUUAGAAAAUGAAGCUAAACGCCUUCUUAAAGAAGCACAGAAGGAAAAAAUGAAAGCAAAACAAGCGCAAAAGAAAGGUCAAAUAGCUAGUGCAAGAUUGUUCGCUACAAAUGCUGUCAGAUAUGAAAAACAAGCACAACAGCUCUUACAAUCCUCAGCUACAACUAACGGUUAUGCUGUUGACGUUAGAAAUGGCGCAGUCGCAGCACAAAUGUUCCAAAACAUGAAUAAGGCUACAUCUGGCAUUGAGGCUCAUAUGAAGAAAAUUGAUGUUCAAAAGGUUUCUGCAACAAGAACAAAAAUGAACGGUCUUAAAGAGUCAAUCAGCACAGCAAACACAUUAUUGAAUGGUGAAGAUGAUCUUGAAUUAGUUGAUGGUGCUGAAGGCCUUCUUGAACAGUUAGAAAUGGAAAAUAUGGCCGAUGUUGAUCUAAAUUUGGAAGCAAUUCCAUCGGGAGUUCCUGGAAGUGGAUACCAGCAGUCUGGAAUGAAUAAGAGGCAGAAUGAAUAA